CCUCUUCCACGUCCUCCAAGCCUGAUGCUCUAUGCCACACCUCCUCAGGUUAAACCCAGAGUAUCUACCACAAUUCCCGGACGAACAUUCCAACCAACCUAGAAGGACCCUGUUCCCUUGUCUCGUUUCUCACGUUUCACCAGCAAUCAACGCAAUUCAUUCGCCAUUUCCCACCCUCAACAUACCAAUAAGCCUCAACCCAGCCCCAAAUGCAUUCCCCGGACUCCGUGGGUUGCCUAUUACAGCACCGCACACCCUCCGCAUUGCUUCUCCCGGCGGCGCGUACAGCACAGCAUAAGCGAGUCGUCGGCAAGAGGCGCCGAAACGAUAUUCCCUUGCUUCCGUCCUUUACAAUUGUAUAAAGAUGGCGACGUCCUAUGGAGGGCGUCCUAGCCCAACGAGCUUUCUAUCGGCCAGAGUCGCCAGCCAACCGGCAGCAUGGUUCACCUUUCCCUCCCACUAGCCACCGCCGCCCUGGUCGCCUUCACGUCCGCCCUUCCCCUCCAUCCCCGCCAGAGCUGUGCCACGGGCUUCCACAUCAUCGUCGCGCGCGGCUCGAACGAGGCUCCCGGCGAGGGGAGAUCGGGACAGGUCGCUACGCUCAUCGAGAACAUGGUGCCGGGGUCUGAUAGCGUGGCUGUCGACUAUCCUGCUGCGAUUUGCUGCGCGGACUUGUAUCCCGAGUCUGUGGCCGAUGGGAUCACGGAUACGAUCAAUAAAACUCAUAGCUAUGUGGCUACGUGUCCUCAUGCGAGGAUAGUGCUGGUUGGGUAUAGUCAAGGGGGGAAUGUUAUGACGGAUGUGUUGGCGGGAGGGGUGGCGAAGCCGGGUCCGUUGGAGGAGGCGUAUCGGAAGAAUAUCGCCGGUGUGGUCGUCUUUGGAGACCCAACUUAUAGCACGGGUCAGUCGUAUGACGUCGGCACUUCGACCAAGAACGGGAUCUUUACAAGAAGUGGUGACGUAUAUAGCCUGGCACUGUUGAAUACGUAUGCCGCUGUGUUGAGGAGUUACUGCGAUGAUGGGGAUCCGUUUUGUGCGAGUGGGUUGGACGAUGAUGUGCAUUCGAAUGAGGUGCCGAAUCAUGCCCAGGAGGCGGCGGAUUUUAUUGCUUCGUUGGCUUAGCUGGAGGAGUAUCAUUGAUGGUAUGAUUUUGACGUUGGAUUGAAUAUUUCUCUUUCCUCAUCAGUGUCUCGAUCCACCUUCCUCGACUCGCGCUUGUCUUGAUUUGUGCUUGUCUGUAUUCGUCAACUUGGUCUAGUACUCUCUAAUCCAUUCAUUAUCCUCUUGCAAACCCCCAAAAAACAAUGAAUGAGGUCUUUCAGUGUCCGCUCGUCACAAUUUUAUGCCAGACCUUGCUUAUGAUCUGUCCCUGUACAUAAGACAUUAGAAGGAGACACGGCCUCAGUCUUGGAUGGUGGUUAUUGGAGCUUUAGGUAUUCGCAACGUUAAGGUUUCAUCUUAUAUCUUGAUGACGUUCUUCCGUAUUGUGACAG